AUGGUCUUCCUCUUCUCCCGCAACUUCCCCGACCGGCGCCUCGUGACCAGCGCCCUGCAGUCCUUCUUCGGCAUCGGCCCGCUCGUCUCCCAACAGGUCAUGGCGCGCUUCCACCUGCACGACAACAUGAAGAUGCGCGAGCUCACGCAGCAACAGGUCCUGGACCUGAACGCCCACUUGGACGGCAUGAAGAUCGAGAACGAGCUGAAGAGGAGUAUUCUGCAGGAUAUCAAACGCUUGAGGGACACGGGCACGUACAGAGGCAGGCGGCAUGCGAUGAACUUGCCCGUGAGGGGCCAGAGGACGAGGAGUCAGAUCAAGACCGCUUGGCGCUUGAAUGCUGUGGAGCGGAAGCUGUGA